UAUUAGAUUUCAGCAUUGACAAGGAGAUUAUGGCUACUCCAUACACCCAGGUUCUUCCCCUUCCACGUCACCAACACUUUCCAAAACCGAACCCGAUUUCCAAAACUGUCAUCAACGACCGGUAUUUCGAAAAUCACCCGCUAGUUUUACUCAUCGAUAAAUGCCAGAGCGUCAAGCAGCUCAAACAAAUUCAUGCUUACAUGCUCCGUAUUGGCCUUUUUUCCGACCCAUUUUCAGCUAGCAAACUCAUAGAAGCUUCUUCUCUAUCGCAUUUCUCAAGUCUUGAUUAUGCCCACAAAGUGUUUGAUGAAAUUCCUCAACCAAAUCUUUUCUCUUGGAAUGCGCUUAUUCGUGCCUAUUCUUCUAGCCAGGACCCAAUUCAAAGUAUCUUGAUGUUUGUUAAUAUGCUUUGUGAGGGUCGUGAGUUUCCCAGUAAAUUUACUUACCCAUUUGUGUUCAAAACAUCUGCCAAGAUGAAAGCUUUACGAUUCGGGAGAGGACUUCAUGGGAUGGUAGUUAAAGGGAGGGAAGUUGGUCUUGAUGUCUUUGUUCUUAAUUCUUUGAUUCAUUUUUAUGCUGAUUGUGGAUGUUUGGACGAGGCAUACUUGGUUUUUGAGAAUAUGCAGACAAGGGAUGUUGUUUCUUGGAAUACAAUGAUAUUGGGUUUUGCUGAAGGGGGUUAUGCAGAUGAGGCGUUGAAGAUGUUUCAUAGGAUGGGGGAGGAGAAUGUGAGGCCUAACGAUGUGACAAUGAUGGCAGUUUUGUCUGCUUGUGGUAAGAAGUUGGAUUUGGAGUUUGGUAGAUGGGUGCACGCGUUUAUCAAGAGGAAUGGGAUUAGGGAGAGCUUAAUUUUAGAUAAUGCGAUUCUUGAUAUGUAUAUGAAAUGUGGGAGCAUUGAGGAUGCUGAGAGAUUGUUUCACAAGAUGGGGGAGAAGGAUAUUGUUUCUUGGACAACUAUGCUUGUUGGGUAUGCAAGGGCAGGAAAUUUUAAUGCAGCAAGAAGUAUUCUGAAUACUAUGCCUAGCCAAGAUAUUGCUGCAUGGAAUGCUCUUAUCUCAGCUUAUGAGCAAAGUGGUAAGCCGAAGGAGGCUUUGUCUGUUUUCAAUGAGUUGCAGCUCAUCAAGAAGGCAGAACCUGAUGAGGUGACACUUGUAUGUGCGCUAUCUGCGUGUGCUCAGUUGGGUGCAAUUGAUUUAGGUGGGUGGAUCCAUGUGUAUAUAAAGAAGCAAGGAAUAAAGUUGAAUUGUCACCUCACUACUGCAUUGAUCGACAUGUAUUCCAAGUGUGGGGAUGUGGAAAAAGCACUUGAGAUGUUCGAUUCUGUCAACAUUAGAGAUGUGUUUGUAUGGAGUGCUAUGGUUGCUGGCUUAGCAAUGCAUGGGCGUGGCAAGGAAGCAAUAAGUUUGUUCUUGAAAAUGCAAAAACACAAGGUCAAGCCUAAUUCCGUUACACUCAUAAACGUAUUAUGUGCUUGCAGCCACUCAGGGUUGGUGGAGGAGGGGCGGGCAAUCUUUAACCAAAUGGAGAACAUUUAUGGGAUUGUGCCAGGGGUAAAACAUUACGCUUGCUUAGUUGAUAUACUUGGCCGUGCAGGUGAACUGGAAGAAGCUGAAGAACUGAUAAAUAAUAUGCCAGUAACCCCUGGUCCAUCAGUUUGGGGUGCUCUGCUUGGGGCAUGUAAAUUACACGGCAAUCUUGAACUAGCUGAACAAGCUUGUAACCGUUUAGUUGAGUUGGAACCUGAAAAUCAUGGUGCGUAUGUGCUUUUAUCCAAUAUUUAUGCGAAAUCAGGGAAAUGGGACGAGGUUUCCCUGUUAAGGAAGCGUAUGAGAGAAUGUGGAUUGAAGAAAGAACCAGGUUGUAGCUCAAUUGAAGUCCACAGUAUUGUUCAUGAGUUUCUAGUGGGAGAUAAUUCUCACCCUCAGUCGCAGAAAAUCUAUGCAAAAUUGGAUGAGAUUGCAGCUAGACUGAAGCAUGUAGGCUAUGUUUCCAACAAGUCCCAGAUACUGCAACUUGUUGAAGAAGAAGAUAUGCAGGAGCAGGCGCUAAAUCUUCACAGUGAAAAGCUAGCCAUGGCAUUUGGACUUAUCAGUGUGGCUCCAUCUCAACCAAUUCGUAUUGUGAAGAAUUUACGUGUUUGUGCAGACUGCCACGCUGUUGCUAAGCUUCUAUCUAAGUUGUAUAAUCGAGAAAUAAUAUUGAGGGAUCGUUACCGCUUCCAUCAUUUUAAAGAGGGGAAUUGCUCAUGUAAGGACUACUGGUGAGUGUUAAAAUUCAUUUCAUAGUGCUAUAGAGAGAGGAUGUUACUUUUUAUAUUUUGCCUCCCUAUGGAACUAAUAAAUCAGGUAGGAUGUGCUGAUGAUUGCAGACAUGUUGUUAAUUAGCAUGUAGAUGAAACAUGAUGUAGACUAGAGACACCAAGAUAGGAACUGUAAUAGUAAGCCAUCAAACUUAUUUAUU